AGGACGUUGCGUGCUCGCUCGCGCCAGGCGAGUCUCCGCGUCUCCCUCGCGAACUCGGUGAAAGGAAUUGGCGCCGUUCGACACCAGGCGGGUCCGCUCUGCAGCACGAACCCACCUCCAGCCGCAGCCGCAGCCGCCGCCCGGGCCGACGAGCAGCCGCAGCAGCCGCCACCAGUGGCCGAGCGAGCGGAGCCGAGUUUGAGCCAGCGCCUAGCGGUGAAUCGGGGCCCUCACCAUGAGUUCCUCGCCUGUUAAUGUAAAAAAGCUGAAGGUCUCGGAGCUGAAAGAGGAGCUCAAGAAGCGGCGCCUUUCCGACAAGGGCCUCAAGGCCGAGCUCAUGGAGCGCCUCCAGGCCGCGCUGGACGACGAGGAGGCCGGCGGCCGCCCCGCCAUGGAGCCCGGGAACGGCAGCCUCGACCUGGGCGGGGAUUCCGCCGGGCGCUCGGGAGCAGGCCUCGAGCAGGAGGCCGCGGCCGGCGGCGACGAGGAGGAGGAGGAGGAGGAAGAGGAGGAGGAAGGGAUCGCCGCGCUGGAUGGCGACCAGAUGGAGCUAGGGGAGGAGAACGGGGCCGCGGGGGCGGCCGACUCGGGCCCGAUGGAGGAGGAGGAGGCCGCCUCGGAAGACGAGAACGGCGACGAUCAGGGCUUCCAGGAAGGGGAGGAUGAGCUCGGCGACGAGGAGGAAGGCGCGGGCGACGAGAACGGGCACGGGGAGCAGCAGCCUCAACCGCCGGCGACGCCGCAGCAACAGCCCCCACAGCAGCGCGGGGCCGCCAAGGAGGCCGCGGGGAAGAGCAGCGGCCCCACCUCGCUGUUCGCGGUGACGGUGGCGCCGCCCGGGGCGAGGCAGGGCCAGCAGCAGGCGGGAGGUAAGAAGAAGGCGGAAGGCGGCGGAGGCGGCGGUCGCCCCGGGGCUCCGGCGGCGGGAGACGGCAAAACAGAGCAGAAAGGCGGAGAUAAAAAGAGAGGUGUGAAAAGACCUCGAGAAGAUCACGGCCGUGGAUAUUUUGAGUACAUUGAAGAGAACAAGUAUAGCAGAGCCAAGUCUCCCCAGCCACCUGUUGAAGAGGAAGAUGAGCACUUCGAUGACACAGUGGUUUGUCUUGAUACUUAUAAUUGUGAUCUGCAUUUUAAAAUAUCAAGAGACCGCCUCAGUGCUUCUUCCCUUACUAUGGAGAGCUUUGCUUUUCUUUGGGCUGGAGGAAGGGCAUCCUAUGGUGUGUCAAAAGGCAAAGUCUGUUUUGAGAUGAAGGUUACAGAGAAGAUCCCAGUGAGGCAUUUAUAUACAAAAGAUAUUGACAUACAUGAAGUUCGGAUUGGCUGGUCACUAACCACAAGUGGAAUGUUGCUUGGUGAAGAAGAAUUUUCUUAUGGGUAUUCUCUUAAAGGAAUAAAAACCUGCAACUGUGAGACUGAAGAUUAUGGAGAGAAAUUUGAUGAAAAUGAUGUGAUUACAUGUUUUGCUAACUUUGAAAGUGAUGAAGUUGAGCUCUCCUAUGCAAAGAACGGGCAAGAUCUUGGCAUUGCCUUCAAAAUCAGUAAGGAAAUUCUUGCUGGAAGGCCACUCUUCCCGCAUGUUCUCUGCCACAACUGUGCAGUUGAGUUUAAUUUUGGUCAGAAGGAAAAGCCAUAUUUUCCAAUACCGGAAGAUUACACUUUUAUCCAGAAUGUCCCCUUAGAGGAUCGAGUUAGAGGACCAAAGGGGCCUGAAGAGAAGAAGGAUUGUGAAGUUGUUAUGAUGAUUGGCUUGCCUGGGGCUGGGAAAACUACCUGGGUCACUAAGCACGCAGCAGAAAACCCCGGUAAAUACAACAUUCUUGGAACAAACACCAUAAUGGAUAAAAUGAUGGUGGCAGGUUUUAAGAAGCAGAUGGCUGAUACCGGCAAGCUGAACACGCUGCUGCAGAGGGCCCCACAGUGUCUCGGGAAGUUCAUUGAGAUCGCUGCCCGCAAGAAGCGACAUUUCAUUCUGGAUCAGACCAACGUGUCUGCCGCUGCCCAGAGGAGAAAAAUGUGCCUGUUUGCAGGCUUCCAACGAAAAGCUGUUGUAGUUUGCCCAAAAGAUGAAGACUAUAAGCAACGAACACAGAAGAAAGCUGAAGUAGAGGGGAAAGACCUACCGGAACACGCAGUCCUCAAAAUGAAAGGAAACUUCACGCUGCCGGAGGUGGCUGAGUGCUUUGAUGAAAUAACCUAUGUUGAGCUGCAGAAGGAGGAGGCCCAAAAACUUUUGGAGCAAUAUAAGGAAGAGAGCAAAAAGGCCCUUCCGCCAGAGAAGAAGCAGAACACUGGCUCCAAGAAGAGCAAUAAAAAUAAGAGUGGCAAGAACCAGUUCAACAGGGGCGGUGGCCACAGAGGACGUGGCGGGUUCAACAUGCGCGGCGGAAAUUUCAGAGGGGGAGCUCCUGGGAACCGCGGCGGCUACAACAGGAGGGGCAACAUGCCGCAGCGAGGCGGCGGUGGCGGCGGCAGCGGCGGCAUUGGCUACCCGUACCCUCGCGGCCCCGUGUUCCCCAGCCGAGGCGGCUACUCGAACAGAGGCAACUACAGCAGAGGUGGAAUGCCCAACAGAGGGAACUACAACCAGAACUUCAGAGGACGAGGAAACAAUCGUGGCUACAAAAACCAAUCUCAGGGCUACAACCAGUGGCAGCAGGGUCAAUUCUGGGGUCAGAAGCCAUGGAGUCAGCAUUAUCACCAAGGAUAUUAUUGAAUACCCAAAUAAAACGAACUGAUACAUAUUUCUCCAAAACCUUCACAAGAAGUCGACUGUUUUCUUUAGUAGGCUAACUUUUUAAACAUUCCACAAGAGGAAGUGCCUGCGGGUUCCUUUUUUAGAAGCUUUGUGGGUUGAUUUUUUUUCUUUUCUUUUUUGUACAUUUUUAAUUGCAGUUUUAAAGUGAAUCGUAAGAGAACCUCAGCAUUGUGCACGAUAAGAGAAUGUGUCAGUAUUUCAGGGUUCUACAUUUUAUCUGUAAAAUGUGACUUUUUUUUUUUUUAUCACAACAAAAGUAAAAUGUUGCUUUGUACCUGGUGUCUUUUAUUAAGAAUUUACUCCCCCCAUUUCUCACAGAGAUAACAGUCGGGAGUCAUUGUCACAAUAUAAUAGAAAUGUUAGCAGCCAGAUCCGUGGGAGGACCGCGCGGUCCCCAGGAAUCGCCUGAGACUCUGUACCGCCCCUAGGACACUCCAUCCUCUCUGUAGCCUGCCGCGCGGCGGAGGGGGAAGCUCAUCGUAGUUCCUGACCAUAACUGGGAAGUCUCUUUUCUUUUUCCUUUAAAAUAACAACGGAAUUGGCACAAUUGGGAACGAAGAUAAAACUUGGAACCAAGAGAGAGAAGAUGGAGUGUACGUAGAAGGGCUGUUCUCAAUGUAAAACUUUGGUUGCAUUAUUUGUGGAGGCUCAAACUUGUGAAGGUUAAAUACCAUAAUUUUUCCAUUUGUUCUGCAUUUUGAUUCUAAAAGAAAGCUGGCUUUGCCCAUUUCUUAUUAAAAAAACUUGUUGUAAAUCCAGUUGUCUAAUGGGAUCUAUAUGAAGUUAGCGAUGUCUGUAUGCCCUUCUCCCACAAAAUACUGUACCACUAGUGUGCUUGUAGUACUUUACUCCACCGUCUUUGUAAGCUAAUGAAAUUGUGAGUCACCCAUUUAUAUCUUAAUUUUUAAUCAUGUCAGUUCUUGAAUGGGUAUCUCCUUAGCCUGCUGAUUUCUUUUUCUUUCUAAAGAAAGUGGGUGGAGAAAUUAAUUUAGACGUUUGUUUGCAAUAAAAAGAAUUCAUUUUACUCUCGUUUUGGGAUUCUCGCCAUCAAGGUUCAAAAUCCCUUUAUAAAACUCCCAAGAGGAGGAAAUUUAAGUGUGUGCUCUCUGGACAGCUUAUUCUGUACUCUGUACUUGCAACAUUUAGGUUUUAAAAACUUAAAUGUAUACUGACCAUUGACUUUAAUUAAGUAAAGUUGAAUCCUUCCUUCCCCUCCCCCCCACAGACGACUUAACAUUUAACGAGGGGAAAAGGUGCACUGGCUGCUGGGAGAAGUUAACCCUCUGUUUACCAUCUUUACGAAAUGCUAACGGCUGUCCUCAAGUGAAUAUCUUAAAUACGCAUAUAUGUGAUACGUGAGACUCUGGGAACAGAUGCUUUUAGAAGCCAUCAUGCAAGCCAGUCAUUUCACGACUACACAACGCUGCUAACUUAACUGUAGCUAUGUGACCGCAUUAGAUCCCCUAAUCGUAAUUCUAUUGGGUUUGCACAGAACACUUAAUCUUCUAAAGGACCCUCACUGAUGUGAAGUGAGGAAUCAGGAGUCAAACUGUAGAACUAAAACUUGACUUCAGUCUAGAACUUGGUUGGUGUUUUAGGCUGCUUCUGGAAAGUUGAGGUUCGUGUGUUAUUUCUGUUGGCUUAGACUUUUGUUUUUAGCCCUCUUCGAUUAGACUGUUCACUUCUUCAGACUCUGAGGCAUUCUGCUACCGGCUGAGUGGGAGUGGAGUUUAAAUGGCGGUGUAGGUUUAGGCUGAUACAUUUUGGGAACAGGCUAAUCCUGGAAUUACCGUAGAGCAUACUUAACAGUACAAGAGAGCGUCUUCGGGGUUUUUGGUUUUUUUAGCAGUUGAGUUUAGUGCUAGCAAUCACUGGCAUUAACUGUAUCAUAUCGUACACGCUAUGAUUAUUCGGAUUGCGUAAACCUACCCAGGGGAAGAAGAGGUUUCAACCUUGUUGCUCAUCAGUGCUCUAGGUACUUUGGAAAAAUCUUGGGUCUCCCUUCUAGCUUAAGCCUGCUUACCGAGGAAUUCACCCUCUGACGGUAGUGGGGGAGCAAGGGCCCAAGUCACCCUGUUUGGCAGACCGCCUUCCCUUGCGUAGCCCAGGAGAGUUUGGGAAGACCAGUGGAGUAGAUGAAAACCCUGUCCGGGAAAGUGGUGACAUGGCCAGCAGCAGUCUCCAGAGGAGAAUGAAAUCUGCCUGGAAAGGAAUAAUCUUCGUGUUUGGGGAAUUUGGGAGAGGGGAGUGUAGCGAAUAGCGAGCAAAAGGGAGAAACAAGAAAUGCCACUUGGCGGAGUAAGAUGUAUGUGUGACGGGGAAACUGGGUACAUUGCCUGCCCCGACUCCAGGUGGUCCCUCCGUGGCAGCAAGAGCCCAGUGAACAAGAGCUAGCUGGUGCUUUUCCCUAGAAAGUUCCGCGGGUGGUCUUGUCUGCCCCGAGUGAGGUAUUGGAUCAGAUUGGUUAAUCAGGAAAGAGGGCAAAUCACUGCCACGUAGAAACGAAGUAACAACCCUUGUCCUGUAGAGCAUUUGCCUCCUUGAUGGUGGGUUCCAUCUUGUCGCUCCUGUCUGGCCUUCGGCGGAGGGCUCUGGCUCGGACCUAGGAGGCUAGGACUAACUUGUGGCCCUUCGUGGCCAGACAGUAAGAUGAAAUCAUAGAAUGAAGCACGAGUGAAGUCAGUCUGGCAAAAGGAAGCUGUAUUAAAUUCACAAAACCAGAAGCUCACGCUUGCCCAGGAUAGACUCUGAAAAUAAGGGCCAUGUCCUGAGCACUGACAACAAGGUAUUAAAGCUUCUUAAAGACCACUUGCUUUGAAAAAGCAUGUAAAAUUUUUCCAGGAAAAGUAAUAUUGGAGUACGUUUUCCACCUUCUGGAGAAUUAACGUUCAUGGACAUACUGUGUUCUGUAUUUAAUACGUGCAUCAGUUGUGGGAGUUGAAUGACAUUUUUCUGUAAGCUUGAUACAAAUUGGCUUUUUGUCCUAGGCCCAUUUUCAUAAUAGGUCCUGUUGCACAAAUAAAAACGUAUUCCCAUAGCUUUUUAAGCUUGGGAUAGACUUCAGACACGUACAAAGAACGGAUUAUAGGUCUAUAGGAGUGUAUCUGGUACUUUUAAAAAAAAAAAAAACCCAGAAUAAACUUCUAAGGAAGCUAUAAACCUGUCUCUUACAGCCCAAGUCUUAGUUUCUGGUACCAGACAUAAAUGUACAUCUUAAAACCGUUUCCACGAUUCCCUUUGUACACGUAAGUAUACAGUGGCUUUUUAAAAGUGGGUGGAUGUAGCAGAGAGAAGUUCGCCACCCCCAACCCCCAGAAUAUUCCUUGAAAUACUCUGGAAAGAGGAGUACAAUAUUCUUUCAAAAGCCAGGUUUACCUACAAUACCAAAAAUGGUUUGAGUCUAAACUUUGUCGUCCUUGGUGUUCCUGGGGCUUUCAGAGAAGCAGCUUAACAUUGCAGGAAUGGUAGAUCCAGAGCAAGGAUAUGGAUUGUUCAGGGCCUUGGCAAUAGAUCACGAUGGUUAUGCACUGGCAUUAAAGGGAACACUGAAUUAGUAUUUGGACUAACUGCGUUAGCUUGUCAGUUUGAAUUUAUCAGUUACAUCAAACUAGCCUCUUUGAAUUUGAAUGGUAAUUGCCUAAACUUACCUAAAACUAUAAUGCCCUCCUGCUACGUGGAGCCUUUUGUUUGGAUUUAGGUUUGAAUUUUCUUCUCAGCCCUUUUUUCUUCAGCGUCUACAGUAAAACACGGGGGUUGUGUGUGUAACCAGGUUAGUGGUUUUUUUUUUUUUUUUUAAGAGGUUCCCUGAUGCCGGUGUAUUUUACCCUGGUGCCAGAACUGCAGGUACAUGUUAGACAAAUCCUAAAAAUCCUUUAUGCAGCUAACUCAUGUUGAAGCGAGUGACCUCAGUCUUGUCUUAUUUUUUUAACUUUGUUGUCGAAGGUAAACUCUUCAGAAUUAUUACAGAAGUGAUCUAAAAGUGUGCCGAUUGAUGCAGUGUCUAUCUCUUGAGCGUGUUGGGGUAGACAGAAAAACCAGGACCCCCGAGUAUCUCCAAAGUUUUAAUUCUGUAUAUGCAAAAUCGAAGAGUUGAAAUAACCUACCUAAACAGCUAAUGAUUGUUUUGCUAAAAAUACGCACGCUACUUUAUUUGGUCAUUACACUUAGUCGAUUGCAACACGCGUGCGGCUGGAGCCCCCAGACGAGCACUUAAGAUAGGUGAGAGAUGGCUGACAAUGUGCACAUAGAGUAAGUGACAUACACAGUCACGUCCUAACCAGCUGACUAAAUAUAAAAUGAGUAUGUCUAGUGCGUCCAAGGAACUUAGUCUAGAAGGCUCAGUAGAUUGUAAGUACUGUGUUCAUAAUGUUAACCAGAAUCAUUUUAAAAAUACUUGUGUAUUUUGUGAAGUUAGGUUGUGCUGUCCACGUGGAAAGCUGAAUAACUACAAUUUUUUGGUAUUACAUAGGUCCUGGGGCAUUCGGUUGUGACUGUAGAGCAGUUACUUGUAGGGGAACAAAUAAAGCCAGCCCGUCAGUAAUCUGCUUGGGAGAUAACUAGGGGAGUUAUCGGGACAAGGACCUUUUAACUGUGUUUAAAUUUGUACUUACUUAAUUAUUGCCUAGGAGUAUCACGAUUUUUUUCUCCCCUUUCAUGCCAGGAUUCAGCGUAUACUUGCAUCUUGACAAGGAACAGGGGUUUUGCUUUUUUAAACAAAGCUGGAUGUGUGGGUAUGAGAAACAAUAUUCUAGAGUCAAAAGCGGUGAGGUAAAAACAGUCUAGAUAAACAGAGAACGUGUCUCAGAGAAGAUUCACGUUGGCUGCACCGUUACCAAUUGCAUCGCUGUACCUGCGUUCUCUGGAGCAUGUCUGCUCCAUCAGCGCAGGCCGGACGGCUAGCCUCGCUACUUGAUAAACACGGAGCUGUUGAUGGCAUGCUUUUCCCUGCCAUUCCUGUAACAUGUUGUCCAUGAGCCCACAGGAAUUGGCUUUGCGCAGUGAAAUACUCGGCACUUGCCAAGCGCCUCAGGAGCACACUCAACAAGUUAGGGUCAGCAAAAAAAAUUAAAAAGGCCAAGAACAGCAAGGUGGCCAGUAUAGUCUGCUGACCUGAGCCAGAAACCCCUUGAAGUUGUUAUUAAGGCAUCCAGAGAGGUGAGGGGAAAAUCGGAACUUCAGAAGAAUGUUUACUAGAAAGGCAACUAACGAUAAUUUUUUUAGGUAGCUCUUAAUAGAAGGUAUCCUUACGUCUCCGUUGUCUAGUUGAAGGGAGUGGGAGCGUCAUGGUCAAGUACAAUCAAAGAUUCCAGCCUAAUAUAUCUAUUUUUUUUUAAGUAAUAAAGCAAAAAAAAAAAUGCUGAUUGAAAUUUCAUCUCCUUUUCCUUAGUCUGUCCAUGUGAAUGUGCUGUGUGGAAGAGUAAAGGGCCCAACUAAAUGUGUUCCAGUGAUUCCAAUAGGUAUUCCAAAUUCAUUGCUGCUUGUACAUUUCAUACUUGUUCUAUCGGGCUUCCAGGAUCACCUUAAUUAGAGGUCCCUUAUUUAAAAGUACGGGAUAGGGAGAUGUUGGUAACUGAUGGGCUAGAUUUCUAGAAACCGGAAGACCAGGUUUUUUUCCUUUUGCCCUUCGCACCCAGGUGUGCUGUGUAGCUGUGUUGGUAGGGUGGUGGCCCCCCAAUAGGGUUAAGGCUGCGUAUGCAAAUAGAGCUGAGUCCUUAAAAGGUUAGAUCCUUAGUUCAAAUUCCUUCUGUUGUUAACUUUCUGGAAGACAUUCAUUUUCAUAUACUCACUUGUAGAGUUUACUGAAAAUACUUUAAUUCAGAAAACUGUCCAGGACACCUACGUCCUUGUUUUCCCUCCGUCUUUCUUCUGCAUCUGUGCUAACUGCACAAAUGCUUUGUUCUUCAUUAGUUUAUAAACAUGUCGAAAAUAGAUUGAGAUCCUUUUGGAUAAUGAGAUAGGACUCGAUACCAAAAUGGGAAAAUCAACAAGGAAGUAAAUUUAAUUGUGAAGACAGAAGGACAAAAAAGGCUCAGUGCGAGCUCUCUGAUAGUGCCGGUCCAGAGCAUGUAAUUUCUCAUUGCCCUGAAGUCGUCCUUUAAAGGCUUGAUAAGCUUAGAGGGAAAUCUGUUGGGUACUAUAGUGAGUUGAAAUGUAGCUCAAUGAAAUAGAGCUCCACUGUGUCCCCUAAAAAUCUAAUGGCUCCUCAAAGAGCAGACUACUCUGUUUCAGACUAAAAAGUAAAAACCUGAUUUUGUUCACUGGAGGAAGAAAACCCUUACAAGAAAAACAUUUGUUUCAGAAAUGAGCUUUGAAUUCGGAUAGCAAAGCAUAGCUUUCAUAGGACUUGGCCUCACGGUCCACAGGGAAGAAAUGUGGAAACUGCUCCAUUAAGAAACUAGAAUAUACAGGUUGUUUAGUAGAUUGUCUAAGGAGAGGCCAUACAAUAGGUUUAUAGCACAUGGAACGUAACUAAGUUUUUCCUAGGAAAGUGGAACAGGUACCCGUUGUUGUAACAGAAGCAUGAACAGAAGGCUUUUUAAAUUGGUGCCUGCUCAUAUUAAUGUAGUCGCUGCUGGUUUUGUCAAAAUAGAAAUACUUGGGAAACAAACGGCUUUAUUCUAGAAAAUGAGUAAGGCAAGCAUACCUGCAACAAUCUAGUGCCCGCGGUUCCAGCUUCAACAAGUAAUACCUUGAGAAAGAGCUUUGUGAUGAGCUUUGUCCCUAAAGCUUCCUAUUUUAAGAGAAAAAAGAUGGACCUUCCUGCAUAAAAUCGGCCAUGUAAGACGCCAGCAUUUGGGUGGUAGAGGAUAUUGGUGUAUUGUGUUGUCCGGGUUGGAUGACCACUGGACCAUAUUUUAAGAUGCUUCCAAAAAUGAUUCUAGAGAACCAAUUAAAAAUCGGCAUUCUAGCACUCACUUUAUUUUUUCUACUUAUUAAGACUUUCUGUGUACCCAAACUGUAGUACGUAUAUUAACGUGACUUUUAAAGGGGUGCCUUGACCCCCAUCCACUACAGAUUUUUAUCUAGGAAUAGAAGGAUUCAAACCCCAUUUGAUCCCUAGCUCUUUGCUGAAAAGCGCAUAAACAGGAAUCCUGAAUUUAUUAUAUAGACCUCCUCGCAUUAUAUAAUCGAAGCAAAGGGAAUCCAGCGAUGGAGUAUAGAGGUACGUAGACUAAAAAGAUGCUUGCAAAUCAAAUAACGGUACUAGGAAUAGUUAAAAUUUCUUUGUUGCCAAACUUGGUCAUUAUAAAUCACAAGUCCAGAGAAAAGCUGCUAGUUAAUUUUCACUUCCCUGAGGUCCUUUUAACUGUGACGGAAAAGCCAAGUAGUCGAGGGAGGGGUGAGGGAAGGGGGGAAAUGCAUAGAGCAACUAGAAAGACUUAAAGCAUUGUAGAUAAGCCACGAAACGUUUUUAAAACUACUAAUGACCACAAUUCUAUUUUAAUCAGCUAUUUAGCUGGUAUCUACUGCUAGAUCACCUAGUGUGAAGUUUUGGAAUUAAUGGAACAGUGAAAGCUGCAAUGCACCUGCAGGCCCCCCUCUGCAGGCAUGGAAGGUCUCCAAUUUAUGCAGUAAACUCUGCUGUGAAAAUGAACUAACCUUGUUAUUGGUGAAGGCCUUGGAAAUUUUUGCCAGCCGAGAGGUUUCUUUUACUCAGGGUAAGAUGUAAUCCUAGAACGGGAGCGCUAGGUGGGGAUUUAGGUGACUUAAUCCAAUUGCCCAAUUUUAUGCAUUGCCUCCAUCUAUAAAUUGGAGCCGAGAACGGGAGUGACCUGCACACACACAGCGUGUUGAAGGUCAGGUUUGAUUAGUACGCCUCGGUGCCCCCCACUCACGCAGAUACAGCGCUCCCUCGUAACACGUGAGUAACCCAUCACUUUGAAUAUCCUAGACUGGAUUCAGCGUGGACUUGUGUCUGUGGCCAGACGGUCUUGGAACCUGCAUUUUCCUUUCCAAUAACCUCUCCUAGUGAGUGUUCACGUCCUGCCUUUGGUGGCCACUGGAUGACUAGAAUAUCCUCGGGAUAUGUGCUGGACAGUGGCAACUGGUAAACCGCGUGGCCUGCGCGCCCUGCCCCUCGGGGGGACAGCCACAGGGAAGGUGGGCAUAGGAGGGAAGGUGUUCCCUCUCGUGAAUCCAACCAAGCAGGUGCUCCCCACUUACUUUUGAGAAGUGGGACAUGACAGAAUAAAGUCCCAGGGUAUCUUGACCUUGCUCUGUUUCUCUAGCUCACCAUGAUAGCCAAGUUCUAGGACCGUUAAUACCAGAAUCCUGUCUGCUGGUCUGUUUUCAGACGUAUCGUUUCUUAACCAGGAAGACCCCUAGCUGGUGUUCUGUCUUCCUUAAAAGAUUUUCUUGAAAAGUCAUGUUGAUACUUACUGAACUGAAAAAGAAAUAAUUCCAUUGCUUUGAAAAGGGAGUUUUUUCCUGAAUGAAUAAAUGCUGUGGACUUGG